AUGUCCCGCUACCUACUGUGGCCUCUCUACUGGUAUGCGCAGGGCUCGGUGUUGACAGGCGUGUGGGUCAUUGCCCAUGAAUGCGGGCAUCAGUCUUUUUCCCCGUACGAACGGGUGAACAACCUGGUGGGGUGGGUCCUGCACUCCGCCCUCCUCGUCCCCUACCAUUCCUGGCGCAUCUCCCACGGCAAGCACCACAACAACACGGGGAGCUGCGAGAACGACGAGGUGUUCGCGCCGCCCAUCAAGGAAGACCUGAUGGACGAGAUCCUCCUCCACUCCCCCUUGGCCAACCUCGCCCAAAUCAUCAUCAUGUUGACCGUGGGAUGGAUGCCCGGCUACCUGUUGAUGAAUGCCACGGGACCUCGAAAGUACAAGGGCAAGAACAACAGCCACUUCGAUCCGAAUUCCGCGCUGUUCUCCCCCAAGGACCGCUUGGAUAUCAUCUGGUCGGACAUAGGCUUCUUCCUCGCUUUGGCCGGCGUGGUGUGGGCCUGCACCCAGUACGGGUUCUCCACCGUGGGCAAGUACUACCUGCUCCCCUACAUGGUGGUGAACUAUCAUCUGGUGCUCAUCACCUAUCUCCAGCACACGGACGUCUUCAUCCCUCAUUUCCGCGGGGCAGAGUGGUCAUGGUUCCGGGGGGCUCUUUGCACUGUCGACCGCUCCUUCGGCUGGCUGCUCGACCAUACGUUCCACCACAUCUCGGACACGCACGUCUGCCAUCAUAUAUUUAGUAAGAUGCCUUUCUAUCACGCGCAAGAAGCGAGUGAGCACAUCAAGAAGGCGCUGGGGCCGUACUACCUGAAGGACGACACCCCGAUAUGGAAAGCGUUGUGGCGAAGUUAUACGCUUUGCAAAACAGCCGAGGAAGAGGAGGAUGACGAAUGGGGUGUGGUACCGAAGCCUACGGAGCAAUUGUACCUAGGGAACCGCAAAGCCAGGGAGUUGAUUGGUGGAGCUUACGCCGACGUCAACCUUGCAGUAAAAGUUGCGCACGACGACACCAAGUAA